CCCUGACUGUGUCCUGGCCAAGUCUUCUUGCACAGACAAAUCAAGCCUGCUUAUCUUCCUCCUUUGUUAUAGCAAGCCUUAACGUCUUGAUCUAAUUCUGAAUAAAGAGAGAGAGGGUUUGAGUUUCUUCAGAAAUUCAUCAGAAAGUUGCGAAGAUGACUGACACAGGCACUGUUAGAACCAUUGUUGGCAUCGUUGGAAAUGUUAUAUCUUUCCUCCUAUUUCUCUCCCCCAUUCCCACUUUUGUGAGGAUUAUAAAGGAGAAGGCAGUGAAAGAUUUCAAAUCCGAUCCCUAUGUAGCCACCUUGCUCAAUUGCGCAAUGUGGAUCUUCUAUGGCUUGCCGUUCAUCACCCAUGACAACACUCUUGUGGUUACAAUCAACGGUACUGGUUUUGUCAUAGAGUGUGUCUAUGUGGCCAUCUUCUUCAUAUUCUCUCCCGGGAAAAAGAAAACCCGGAUCAUCAUUGAACUGCUCAUUGAAGUGAUCUUCAUGGUCAUCGUAAUCCUGAUUACCGUUUUCGCCUUCCAUACCAUGAAAACAAGGGCUUUGUUUAUUGGGAUAUUGUGUAUCAUCUUCAACGUAUUUAUGUACUCGUCACCAUUGACAGUCAUGAGAAUGGUAAUAAAGACAAAGAGUGUCAAGUACAUGCCAUUCUAUCUCUCUCUCGCCAACUUUACCAACGGACUGGUUUGGGUGAUCUACGGACUACUUGAGUUUGAUAUCAACCUCGUGCUUCCCAAUGGCUUGGGUGCGUUAUCUGGGCUGAUUCAGCUCAUACUCUAUGGAAUCUACUACAGAUCGACCAAAUCGGAUGAUGAUAAUGAUGUUAGUGGAAACCGAUCUGUGGUUGAACUCUCCUCUACUUAGUCUCCACAACAGAGUCUCUGGUCAUUUGUCGUACUUUAAUCGUCAAAUCGCUGGACGAGCCUGGUUUCAGGAUUAAUAAAUCACAUAUGUGAGCUUAAUGUUAGGUGGUUCACUGAGGCUUAUCAAUUUACAAGCCAGAAAUUAAAAAAAAUAAAAAUUCAAUACAAAGUUCGGCUUGAUUUUCCUAUCAGAAAACUGAAACCUUUGAUCUCAUUACAUUAAUCUUGAACUACCAGUACAGCGGGCUUCCUUUGUGUUUCCCAUCUUUUUCAGCCUUCGUAUAUAUGGAAAAGACAAAGGAAGUGAAAGAGACGUUUCCUAGUAUCGUCUCACUCUCAUCACAAAAUCCCACUGAGGUUAUUAAUUCUGUGGCCAUGAAAACAACACAGGAGAAAUGAUUUUUCUACAGGAGAUGGCUUCCUAUUUGGACCUGUAACCAGGGUUUCCUAGCAUAUUAAGCAGCCACAAUUUCAACCAAACCUAGAAGAUCUAUAAAUUAUCUGUCUUGAUGCACCAGCAGGAAGUGCAUAUACAUACCAUGUCCUUUCCUUUGAAAGCAACUCGAAUUCAUUUUUACCCCAAAUAAAUAAAAGA